AUGUAUACGCCUUCAUCCACUGUUCUAUACCUUGCUGCCGUCGCAGGAGUCGCUCACGUCUCAGCGACCCCAGUGGCUUCCUCACAGCCCGGGGAGCUCAGGUUUCUGAGCGCUGAGACGCUUCCCAACAACAAGGGCACGCUGACCUUCUACGGCGCGGCACCGUCCGCCUCCUCUCCGGCGGCCGGCGAGCCGCUAGCCCCGCGGGCGUGCAGCACGUCCGACGUGACGUGCGACAGCGACAACGUGCCGGACCCGGCCGUGUGCGGCGGGCUAAUCGACAUCCUGCGCGAGGGCGGGUCGCGCGCCGUGCCGCAGUCGCCGCUGUCCAUCUGCCUGACGCUCGACGGCGCCAACGCCUCGCGCUGCUGCGUCACCUGGUCCGCCCCCGUGCCCAACCUCGACCAGAAGUACCUGGUGCCCGCCGCCACCAAGGUCUUCAACGAGUGCCUGCCCCUCGGCCUCAGCGGCCUGGCCCGCAACGUUGACUUGGUCGGCGUGUGCGCCGUGCAGUGCCUGAGCAACCGGCCGGAUCCGUGUCGUUAG